AUGAUUAUGUUGAAGACAUUAUUUAGACCAAUAACUGCAACCAGAUUAAAUAAUUUAUUUGUCAAACCACAAAGAAAUACUCUAUUAUCUCUUAUGAAUAUAAAUGUGGGUAGUAAUAGAAAACAUUAUUCUACUGAAUUAAAGAAUGAACAAGAGAAUAAUACAAGUACAUCACAGUCACCCAUUGACAUAACACCUCUAAAAUUAGCUACUGAUUUAUAUGCUGUGUUUAGAAUACAUAACCGUCCUUAUUUAGUCACUGAAGGUGAUAAAGUUAUUUUACCAUUUAAAAUGAAACAAGCCGAAGUUGGUGAUAUUUUAAGACUAACAGAUGUUAUAACUUUAGGAUCACGUAAUUUCACAUUAAAGGAUAAUCCAAUAGAUCCAAGUUUGUAUAAUUUGAAAGCCACUGUCAUUGAAAAGACCAAACGUAAAUUUGAAAUCAGAGAAGUGACAAAGAGACGGAAUAGAAGAGUUCGUCAUGCAAAAAGAAAAGGUGACUUGACCAUUUUAAGAAUUAGUAAAUUGGAAGUUGUUUAA